AUGUUCAAUGGCUGGAUGCACUAUGUAAAAGCAUGCCGUAUACUUGUAAAGCCGUCAAUCAGUUUCAUCGAAAUAGACCAAGCACACAGAUAUCUACAAGAAUUCUAUCAAUCUUGUGAAGAUACAUAUGAACCAAAAGUCCUCACCUGCAAUAUGCACCUGCACCUCCAUCUUCAUGACACAAUUCGUGAUUUUGGACCCGUGUAUGGCUAUUGGCUCUUUGGUUUUGAGAGAUACAAUGGUUUGUUAAAGAAUAACAAGACAAACAGAAAAGACGGGUUUGAAACAACCUAUAUGACAAAAUUCACUGCAGACGCAUACAAAGCUGAUUACGUACGAAAUACGUUAUCAUGUCCAAGCCUCAUUCCAUUCCUUCCUCUUUUUGAAAAACUUACCUCUAUGACCACACCUAUAACGACCUAUGCCACUUAUGCUCCAACCAACCAACAACCUUUCCAACUGCAAAAAUUUGUAGACUCAUCCUUAGAUCAAGCAGCACCUAUCAAAGGCAAUGAACCACUCCUCCCAUCCACCUUUCCUUUACAGUCCUUAAAAGAAUCAACAAUGAGUGAUAUUGAUUAUCCUCAAUUGUUAGAUUAUUAUAAAAUUGCCUAUGCCAUGCCCAAUCUCAUUUCUUAUCACGAUGCCAGAUUGUCACAAUAUUUUGUAAAUAACCAAAUCACAAAAUUGAAAUCAAUUGAUCUCCUUGGCCAAACAUAUAUUGGGAACAACAGUUCUGUAAUCAGCCCAAUAAUUAUUACAGUUAGUACUGUAGAUAAUAUCUUAAAGAUUGUUAAGAUAAUUAUAUCAUACUGCCGGCAUGUUUUUGCAUACAUCCGAUGGUAUAAUUUGACAAAUGACAAUGAACAUAGAGAUGAAGGUAUUGCAAUCUGCUUGCCAGAAUUCUCUGCUGAUAAUUAUCACAGCAUCUUGCCUGUACAUUGCAUACACUUAGAGGUCGCAACUGCUGUAGAUGUAACUGAUAUGAACAAAGAAAGAAUGCUGGUCAUUCCUAUGCCAAAAAAAUACUAUGCCUGA